AUGGCUUUCGUUUUAACUGAAACCGCUGCAGGUUAUGCCCUUUUGAAGGCAUCUGAUAAAAAGAUCUACAAGUCUUCAACACUUAUUGAAGAUUUGAACAGCGCAGAAAAGGUAGCUGAGCAAUUCAAGAUCCACAGAUUUGAAAAGUUCCAGUCUGCAGCCUCAGCAUUAGCUGAAGCCAACUCCAUCAUUGAAGGUAAGGUUUCUGACAACUUGAAGAAGUUGUUGGAAGACGUCAAGAAUGAAAAGAAGGCCACCUUAAUUGUCAGUGAAACCAAAUUAGGUAACUCCAUUAACAAGUUGGGAUUAAACUUCAGUGUUGUUUCAGACGCUGCCUCAUUAGAUUUGCAUAGAGCCAUCAAGGAAUUCUUACCUGAAUUAUUGCCAGGUUUGGAUGAUGCUGCUUUAAAGCAGAUGUCUUUAGGUUUGGCCCAUUCCAUCGGUAGACACAAGUUGAAGUUCUCUGCUGAUAAGGUUGAUACCAUGAUUGUACAAGCUAUUGCAUUAUUGGACGAUUUAGACAAAGAAUUAAAUACUUACGCCAUGAGAUGUAAGGAAUGGUACGGAUGGCACUUCCCUGAAUUGGCCAAGAUGGUUGUUGACUCUGUUGCUUACGCCAGAAUCAUCUUGACUAUGGGAAUUAGAUCCAACGCCUCAGAAACCGAUUUAUCUGAAAUCUUACCAGAAGAAUUAGAAGAGCAAGUCAAGAACGCUGCUGAAGUUUCUAUGGGUACUGAAAUCACUGAUAUUGAUUUAGAAAAUAUCAGAGCCUUAGCCGACCAAAUUGUUGACUUUGCUGCUUACAGAGAACAAUUAUCCAACUACUUAUCAUCCAGAAUGAAGGCCAUUGCUCCAAAUUUGACCUCUUUAGUGGGUGAAUUAGUUGGUGCUAGAUUAAUUGCUCACGCUGGUUCAUUGACCUCUUUAGCCAAGGCCCCAGCCUCCACCAUUCAAAUCUUGGGUGCUGAAAAGGCUUUAUUCAGAGCUUUAAAGACCAAGCAUGACACACCAAAGUAUGGUUUAUUAUACCAUGCCUCCUUAGUUGGUCAAGCUUCUGGUAAGAACAAGGGUAAGAUUGCCAGAGUUCUUGCUGCCAAGGCUGCCGUUGCAUUAAGAUACGAUUCAUUAGCUGAAGAAAGAGAUGACUCAGGUGACUUUGGUUUAAGUGUGAGAGCCAAGGUUGAAUCUAGAUUAAGUGCCUUAGAAGGUAGAGACAUGAGAACUACCUCUAAGAUUGUAAGAGAACAACCAAAGGUUGAUAUCACCGAAGCCAGAGCUUACAACGCUGAUGCCGAUGCCCCAGAAGUAGCUGCCGCUGCUGAUUCAGAUGAUGAAUCUGAAGCUGAAGAAGAAGAAGAAGUAAAGCCAAAGAAGGAAAAGAAAGACAAAAAGGAAAAGAAGGAAAAGAAAGAUAAGAAGAGAAAGAGAGAAGAAGACGACGAAGAAGAAGAAGUAAAACCAAAGAAGGAAAAGAAGGAAAAGAAGGAUAAGAAAGAAAAGAAGGACAAGAAGGAAAAGAAGGAAAAGAAGGAAAAGAAAUCCAAAAAAUAG